AUGAUGGAAGCGGACAAGAACUCACCCAUCAUCCUUGGGAUGCCCUUCCUGAAAACAGCUAGAGCGGUGAUCGACCUACAAGAUAUGAAGGUGACACUGACUAAUGUCACCUAUGACAUAACAACAACUCCUACAGUGAAGAGUGGAGACGUGCCUGCUAUGGAUGAUUAUGGAGAUCCAACAAACAUCCCUACUUUGGACAAAAGGUAG